AUGCAUAUCCCACACCUGCAAGCUUGUUCUAUCUGCCUGUUCUACCGCUACGUACUUUCCGUUCUCCGACCAAAACCUUCUCACACCCCGUGCCACUUUAAACAACACGUUUUCUUCCAUUUCCCCGUCCCGGAAUGUCCGACGAAACAGAUGCCUCCUCAUUCCCCCCCAAGCGAUCACUUCGUUCUUAGCUGCGCAUCCCGACAUUCCCACCACGUUCCACUGGUCCGGAAAUAUGUGUUGCACCGCGCCUGA